AUAUGUCUCUGCACUCCAUUCAACCAAUUAUUAACAAGGAAAAUAAUUGGUAUACAGUUGAAUUAAUCUAAGAGUCACGAGUAUUAUUAUUAUUUUCUCCUUUUCCAUAAUUUUCACACACCACUUUUUUUAAUAUUAUUUCCAUACUUUUUCUUCCCUUUUAUAUACCCUUUACAAUCAUUCCCAUACUUGCAACAAUUUUCAUUUUGUUGUUAUCAUUUCAUUUGUGUAGCCAACGUUUCCAUCAACUAUGUUCCAAUCUUUCACUUCUUGCUUUACCUUUCUUCAUCAUAAAACCAAAUCUCUCCACAACCAACCAAAAAGACAACCCAACAAAUUUUGUUCCAAUUCCGACUUCUCAAUCUCUUCUUUCAUCCACAUGGAAGUAUCUAGCCAAUUUCGACAAGUUUUCAAGCUCAUCGACACGAAUGGAGAUGGAAAUAUUUCAACGAAUGAACUCGCCGAAGUUCUUUCAUGUCUUGGAUAUGAUAAGUACACGGCUACUAAAGAAGCUGAGAAUAUGAUAAAAGUUUUGGACUUCAAUGGAGAUGGGUUUGUAAAUAUGGAUGAAUUCAUGUUUGUCAUGAAAGAAGAUCACUAUGGAAAAGGAAAAGAGCUUGAUCAUGAUGAGUAUUUAAUGGAUGCUUUUCAUGUAUUUGAUAUUGACAAGAAUGGAUUAAUCUCACCUAAGGAAUUGAGAAGUGUUUUGCUUAAUCUUGGUUGUGAGAAUUGUAGUUUGAAGGAUUGUAAGCUUAUGAUUAAAGGGGUUGAUAAGAAUGGAGAUGGGUUUGUUGAUUUUGAAGAAUUUAGAACCAUGAUGAAAACAGGACCCAAAUAGAGUUUCCUCUCUUUUUUUUAGUUUAAUUCACUCACAUGUAAUGUAAUGUGUCCUUUACUACAAUUGAGUGUCACAAUUUCCCUUUGUGAUCAAGUUGGUUGAUUAGUUUAGAAGAUAAUAAUUGUAAAUUUUAUCUUAAAAAAACAACUUUCCAUUUAGAUUUUGUCUUAAUUAAGAUAGAUGAUACCCUUUGAGCAAGAAAUUGAUAAUGUCACGUAAUGUCAAAGAGAUAAUAUCAAUAUUGGUGUCUCUAAUUUUAA